AUGCGCAUGCGUUGUAGGGAAGAUCAGAUCGUCAACAGGCGCAUAGACCAGAGCUAUAAGCUAGUUGCCGAGCCAUAUUGCUAUGCUAGGUGAAAUUAAAACUUGUUUACCAGUAACGUUAAUGUAUUUACGUUAUUUUGAACAAUUUAUUUGAAGUUAUUCUAAACCAUACACAUAACCGCAGGAUAACUAUACUGCUAUGGUUGUGUGGCAGUGGGUACGGACAAAACAUUUGCUUGUAGCACAGCCUGUGUUAGCUAGAUAACUAAGUUGUGUGUAGCUAACGUUGUAGCAGCAGUUCUAUUAAAACUGCUUCUACGAAAUAAAGCUAGCUAGCUAAACAGUAAUAAUGAAAUAUAAGUUAUGUUUCAAACUCAGAUUGUUUGUUCAAGGUAUAAGCCAGUCAGAAUGACGGAGGAACCUGUACCUAAAAAGGUUCGCCUCAGUGAAUCUGAUCUGAAGACUCUUACAAGAGAGGAGCUCUGUGAAAGAUGGAAGCAGGAGGAGGCUUAUGUGCAGAUGCUUGAGACUAAAUAUGCAGAUUUGAAUUCAAAUGAUGUGACGGGCCUUCGGGAGUCUGAGGAGAAAUUGAAACUGCAGCAACAAGAGGCAGCCAGGAGGGAGAACAUCCUUGUUAUGAGGCUGGCCACGAAGGAGCAGGAGAUGCAGGAAUGCACUACCCAGAUCCAGUACCUGAAGCAAGCCCAGCAACCCAGUGUGGCCCAGUUGAGAUCCACCCUGGUGGACCCAGCAGUCAACUUGUUUUUCCUCAAGAUGAAGAGUGAACUGGAAGAGAACAAAGACAAACUGGAGCAAGCCCAAAAUGAACUGAGUGCCUGGAAAUUUACGCCUGAUAGCCAAACGGGGAAGAAGCUGAUGGCUAAGUGCAGGAUGUUGAUCCAGGAAAACCAGGAGUUGGGCAGACAGAUCUCUCAGGGUCGUAUUGCCCAGCUGGAGGCCGAGCUGGCCCUGCAGAAGAAGUACAGCGAGGAGCUCAAGAGCAGCCAGGAUGAGUUGAAUGACUUCAUCAUCCAGCUGGACGAGGAGGUGGAGGGCAUGCAGAGCACCAUCCUGGUCCUCCAGCAGCAGCUCAGAGAGACUCGCCAGCAGCUGAAUCAGAGAGAAGGCUCCGUUCCCCUGUCUGCUCCCACCUCAGCCCCCCUGGACCACCAGCCAGAGCCAGAGGAGAAUGACCGCAAGAUGGGAUUGGUCAAGGCCAAUGGGCCAGGCAACACCAGUCCCUCUAAUGUGACCGAGACAGAUUCUGGCCCCUCCCCUUCCACACAUGUAGAGACAUGCGUCAAUACAGAGCAGGAUCAGGAGUCCCUACUGUCCCCCUCCAACACAGGCACGGACUCCAAACUCUCUAGCCACUCUAGGACCAUAACCCAGCAGCUUAGCCAGGGCUAUUAUGAGACUGUAGACUCCCCCGCAGGUAGUGAGACCUCGGUCACUCUACACUCCAUAGACUGGAACCAGGACCCCCAAGAGGUCAGGACAGUGACACGGACUAGGUCUGGCACAGACUGCAGGACUGCGGGCGCGUUACAUACCCAGAAUGGCUUGAAUGUCACAAUGUAGGGUCUGGGACAUUUAGGGCCGGUCCCCCAGACCCACUUUAAGCCCUAGCUUUGGACAAAUCUUUUAAUGGAUCUAACUCAUGGCCGACGGUACUGGCCUGGGAUUCUGAUGGAGUCUUAUGGAUGCCCCAUGUAGAAAACAAAAGGUUCACCGGUAGAUGCUGAAUAUGAGGAUUCAGUGAGACAUCCGUAAUGAUUUUUAUAUAAUACAGUGAGCGUGUUGUCUCAGUUUGUGCACGUAAGAUGGUGUGAGAUGGUUACGACAAUGCCAAGUCAGACUUUUAUUUGUUUUAAGUGGAACAAGUUUGCAAACUGGUUUUAAGUUGUCAUGCAGCUUAAUUUUUUGUUUUGCACUUGAAUAUGAUUUCCCAUUGUGAAAAAGUAAUGUUUACAAAAAUGUGGCAUCCUGAAUUUGUUAGAUGUUCAUCUCGGACAAUAAAGACUUUUGUAUGUAA